AUGGUUGCAGAUUGCGGUGAGCGCAUUCCGCCGCCUAUUUCCACCAACCGGAUCAUUGGGGGCUCCACAGUGUCGAUGGGGGAGUUCCCCUGGCAGGUCAGCCUGCACGUGCGGGAGGACCAUGUCUGCGGCGGCAGCAUCAUUACCUCCAAGUGGAUCCUCACCGUGGCACACUGCGCCGACAAGCAAGUCAUUCUCUCUCGGGGCUUUGUUUUAACAGUGCCCUUCGCCUGCCAACGUGUCUUUGAGACAACCCGGUGCAGUGGGCAGUGCUCGCUCUCGCCUCCGAGUCCUCUGUCCGACUUACUAAUGAAAGCCAAAGUGCCUUUACUGAGUAAUGAUGUCUGCAAUGAUCUCUACAAAGGCAGAAUGCAACCCAGCAUGCUAUGUGCUGGGUUUUUACGUGGUGGAGUUGAUGCCUGUCAGGGCGACAGUGGCGGCCCCUUAAUGACAGAGAAGAAUUCUACCUGGUGGUUGGUGGGCAGCAUCAGCUGGGGUCUUGACUGUGGCCGUCAAAACAAACCGGGCAUCUACACGAACAUCAGCUUUUUCCUGGACUGGAUUUACAUGAUUAUGAAGUUAAACCGAUGAGGACCAUUUGGUGAUAGUACGUUUGGCAACAGAACAAGCAAAGACCAUUCCCCUGGACCACAUGACAGACACUCAGCUAUGGACCCAUGUCUCAAGGAGAGACCAACAAUUCAAUGAGCUUACGAGACUCUGAGACGCCAUUCAAUACUGGAUUUCGCCUUCCCACCAAUUCAAUGUUAUUCGGCGAAUGUGGAGAUAUGUGUGGACAGAAGACAUUUAGGACCCCCUCU